ACUCAUAUCACAGUAUCACACAUAUAGUUAUUAACAGCACGAUUGUAAUAGUCACAUCACAUAGUAUUUGUCAUAUCAAAGAUGUUGAAAACUUUGAACUUAACUCUUUUGCUUAGAAAAAUGGCGGUAGUUAAUAAAAGUAAAACUUUCUCCAGUGUUGUUCAGGAACAAAUAGUCAAAGUAGAGGGGCAAACCAUCAAUUAUGUAAAAACAGGUCAAGGUAACAAAACCAUUUUGUGUUUUCCAGGAGCCUUAGGUACUAUUUGGAGUGAUUUUAAGCCACAAAUAACAAACCUAGAUAAGGAUAAAUUUACAAUAGUGGCAUGGGAUCCUCCAGGAUAUGGCCACAGUCGUCCUCCUGAAAGAAUUUUUAACCUAAAAUUUUAUGAAAAUGAUGCAGAUACUGCUGUUAACUUCAUGCAGCAACUUGGAAUUAAUAAAUUUUCAUUAUUAGGAUGGAGUGAUGGUGGAAUAUCUAGUAUGAUUAUUUCAGCAAAAUACCCAAAUGCUGUAGACAAGCUUGUAAUAUGGGGUGCAAAUUCUUACAUCAUUCCUGAAGAAGUCAAAUCUUAUGAAAAAAUACGUGAUAUUAGCCACUGGUCAGAUAAAAUGAAAGCUCCACUAAUCAAGUUAUAUACUGAGGAAGGUUUACAAAAAAUGUGGAAUGAUUGGUGUGACGCCGUCAGCGAAAUGUACAGAAAAAACAACGGCAACAUUUGUGCAGAAGUGCUAGGUAAUAUCACAUGUCCAACUUUAAUUUUACAUGGGAAUAAAGAUCCAAUGGUAGCUGCAGAACAUCCAGGCCACUUAGCAUCAAACAUCAAAGGGGCCAGAUUACACAGAUUUCCUGAAGGCAAACAUAACAUUCACCUCAGGUUUGCAGACGAAUUUAACAAAAUUGUGUCUGAUUUUUUACUAAAGUAAUACAAAACACUGAAUAUGUACUAGAACCUUAAAAAUAAAAGCUAGUAGGUGA